UAAGUAACUUUGAGCGUGGCAUGGUUGUUGGUGCCAGAAGGGCUGGACCCGUCCCUCUGUCCACCCUGGCGUUUCCUUGUUUCGAUGGCAUUUAUCUUCCAAAGCAAGAAAAUAAAUUCGUGCAUCACGUCAAGAAUGACCUGGAAAUAUACCAACAGAAAAGCAACCGCAGGAGCGUGCUCCUGUUCCCCCCUCUACCCAGCAGGCUGCGAUACCUGAUCCAUAGGACCAUAGAGGACCUGCCAGAGCUCACCACCUUCUCAGUAGGGGAGAGCUGGUGCCGCAGGGUGGUGGUCUGCCAUUCUGAGCUCAGGGGUGAAGUAGAGGAAGACAGUGGCUGGGAGAGCAACAAUGGCCUGUGUGAAGAUCCCCUAAGAAGCGGGGAGGAGACAGAUGGCAACACAAAGCCGAAGUCUUCGAUCCCAUCGCGAAGCAGAGGACCUAAGAGGCCGGACAAACCCCUUUACAUGCCACGAGUUGCCCGGGAGAGACUGUCCUUACAAAACUCACACGGACCCUCAGUAAACCAAGAGUUGCCCAGUCCAGCCUCUAGUAGCUGUGACUGCCUCGGCAGUCAAUCGGACUCUUGUUUCUGUCCCGAAACUACAGAAAAAACAAAGUCCACAUGCACAUCCAGGCAGGAAUGUGUCCCCAGUGUAGCAGAGGGUGUCUUCAACCCUGUUGCUGACAGUUCAGCACUUUGUCCUCAGGAGGAGAAACAAAAGGUGGUGCAUGAAGCUGAGCCCCUAGUCUGGGUACAGACCGUGUCCUGCUUCAGUGACAUGACUCUGGAGGAGGAUGAGAAGGGCAAGGAAGACAUAUGCACAGGCACCGAUGAUGUAACUGAAGAGAUCAAGGCACAUCUGAAAGAGACCGUAACUGUUUCCAUUCAGCACGUUGAGAAUGACUACUCCUCUUAUGAGAAUGUGUGCAUCGGCCCGGAGACGUUUCCCCACGUGAUCGAGAUCUACGGCUUCCCACAGUGUUUCAAAACCGAUGACCUCCUGGAUGCUUUCACAGACUACAGUGAUGGUGGAAUGAAGAUCGAGUGGGUAGAUGACACACAUGCCCUGGGGAUUUUCUCCAGUGAGACGGCAGCACUCCAUGCCAUCUCCAUCUGCCAUCCAAUGCUGAAGGCAAGAGCACUGGCUCAAGCGAGUAAAAAAGCCAAAGGCAAGGCCAUCAGACGGGCAGAGUUUAUCCAGCCAGUGAAGGAACGUCCUAGGACAGACUGUGCUGUUGCCAGGCGGAUGGUGACCAGAGCCCUGGGGCUGCAGGGACGAGGCAGAGUGCAGCAGUACUGAAGGGAAUUACCAACGCUGUUGGCUAACACAGAAAGGUCCAGCAGAGGUCUGUCUGCCUCCAUUCAUUGGCCCUCCGUAGAGGCUCCACAGUGGCCACAAACGGCUAGCAGAUAAUGAAGAGUGACUGCCGUCCAGCACGGUUUGCCUGCUUCACUGAUCGGUGAAUGCGUUUGCAUGGUGAAGAAGGAGACUGCCACACAUCUGCUAAAUCCAGCCUGCUGAAGUGUCCCUGACGCUGGUGGCGAUUCACCAGACUCAAAGUUGCCAUUCUGUAGCUGAACCUGGCCCUUUUGGACAUUAUUGUUUUGGUUCCUGUUGUUCACUGUUAGGAUCACUAAUUGUAAAACAAAGCUAAAUUCUGAAAGGGCCUAAUGCAAAUGGUGAUUUCAUAUAGAAAAUGCACUGGAGCAAACUGGAGAAGUUCCUAGCUUGUUUUGAUUUGAUUGCAUGUUGCCUUAAAACUAAAGUGCUUAAGUGUUUAAUUUCCAGACAGGAAUAUUUUGUUUCCUCCUUUCCCAGGUGAUGCAGGACUGGUUGCAUAAUUCUCUGUAAGUAGUAAUUAUUUUCCAACUUAAUGCUGAAAUACUCCACAGAUUAAUUUUUAGGAUUUAGUUGGAAGAAAUCUGUUACAUUGUCCACUUUAGUUACAGCCAGAUUUUUAUAUGGAGUGCACAACUCUAACUGACAAAUGUAAUGUAAAUCCAUUAACAGAAUCAGAUGUGCUAAGAAGAUAAAACUAAAUAUUGUUUUUAAAAGCCAGCUUUUCAAUUGACAAACACAUUUUGCAAAGGAAAACUCAUGCAACUGCAAUGUUAUGCUGGACUCAAUAGAUAUUUUCUAAUGUUUUUUUAGUUGAUUUUUCAAAACUUUUUUUUGCAAACAAGUUGCAAGAUGUUUAAGUUUUUAAUAUUUAUUUUGUUCCUCUAAAUGAAACAAAACAACCUUUUUAGGAUUGUUGCCUGUUGUGUUCAAGUUCUUUGUCAGUCCUCAUUACACAAAACUUUCAGAGGUUUUUGAUCAAAAGUUUGAGCUUUGAAACUUGGAAUGUUAGGUCCUUUGUACUUGUUACUGUACUGUCAUUUCUAUGUAAUAUACCUUUUUCACGGCAGACAUGUUGACAUGUCAUAGUAGGAAAAGCACAGGUGUAUUCAAACCCAUUAAUGAUGUCUGCAUUCCACUUAGGAGAGGCCCUGGUAUUGUGCAUGCUGACUCAAU